AAUUGAAAAUUUUUAUUUUUCUAAUUUUUAUCAGCACAUGCAAAAAUGUGAUACAUUUAAAUUUUAAAUACCUAAGGUGUAUACUGCGAAUAUAUUGUUAUUUAACAUAACAUUAACAUAACAUUAACAGUUUGAGAAGAGAAAUACAAAAUCAACAAUAAUAAUAAACUUACUCCAUACGUUAUACAUACAUGCAUAUGAAAUUUUAUGUUUGGGAGAAAAAAUUAAAAAAUUUGUUUAAUCGAUUAUUAUAAAUUUGUUUAUUUUGUUUUCAAUAAAAUAAAAAAAACCAACAUACACAAACACAAAUGUAUUUAUUAUGUAAAAAUGUACUUAAAAUAAAUGCAUCUAAUAAGAAUAUUGGAAAAUUAUUAUAUUCACGCGUACAUAUUAUUUUUACCGAAUUCUGACAUUACAAUAGAAAAUUCGAAUUUAAAUCUGUAUGAUUUUAUAAAUGUUAAAUUAGAAAUUAAGUAGCAUUAAAAGAAAUAAAAUUAUUUAGGAAAAAAGUGAAAAUUAUUAAACAAAAAAAUGUAUAAAAUGGCUUGACAAACAAAAAAGAGAUAAAAAAAUAAUAAUAAUUUACAAUAAUCUUAAAAUUUAAUAUGCGAUAUAAUUUAAAAAUAUUUAAAUUUUAUUCUUAAUUAAUUAUUAAUAAUUACUUAAGUGAAAUUUUAAAAGGUUUCGUAAUUAAAACUAUGAAAUCACAUCUAUUUUCGAAUAUAAUAAAAACUAAAGCAUAAAAAAAUUAAAUUAUUUGAAGAAAAUAAUUGAAUUGCUUAUACAUUUUGAAAAACCAAAAAAAAAGUAAAAAAAGAAAAAAAAAACAAAAUAACAGAAAAAUUAUAUUAAAAGAAUGAAUUUCGAAAUAAAUAAAUUUUAUUUACGAAUAUCAUUGAAAAAAUUUUUUAUUAUAUUUUUACUUUGGUUUCUAUCAUCAUCAUCAUCUUCAAUUACAACAACAACAACAAAUUUUUUUAAAUCAACAACAAUAGCCCAUGGUCAAGAGAUCUCACGACGAAGAACUAGCAAUGUUUGUCGAGAUCAUACCGAUUGUCCUAGAAAUGCAUUUUGCGAAAGAACACCAAAUCUAAAAAAUGGACAAUGUGUUUGUCCAACAGGAUAUUUAAUAAUUACAAAUGACGGUGGUGAAAGAGAAUGCUAUAGAACUGCAGCAACAAUUGGGGACUCAUGCAUGUUCCAUGAACAAUGUAUGAUAACGCUAAGUACAGAAUCUGAAUGUAAAUUGGGUAAAUGUCAAUGUCAAAAUGCAACGCAUUUUGUUGAAAGAGCAAAUGCCUGUUACAAAAGCGUUCGAGUUGGAGAGCAUUGUUCUUUUACAAAUAAUUGCCUCGGAGAAGGGGUAGUUUGUAAUGCUGGUUAUUGUACAUGUCCAUUUGGAAAACAUCCAAAUUUUGAUUCAACAGACUGUGUUAAAGAUAUACAUUUGGGAGAAAAAUGUCUUCACGAUCAAGAGUGCCUUCCAACAAAUUCAAGAUGCCAAGAUGUUUGUAUUUGUAGAAAUGGUUUCUCAAAAAGCAUAAACAAUGAUACUUGCUUAAAAGUUUCAAAUCAUGUGUACGAUAUUUGUCAAGAAGAUAGUCAAUGCACAGAAAUUCUUCCACAUACUAAAUGUGAUGUUAAUCAUAAAAUAUGUGUUUGUGAUUUAGGUUAUCACGAAAUUAAAUAUAGAUGCUGGGUAACAGUUUCACUAGGAGGUGUUUGUGAAGCUAGCGAAAAUUGUGCAACAAUUGAAAAUUCUAUAUGUCGAAAUGAAAGAUGUAUUUGCAAUGAAAAUUUUAAAGAAAUAAAUGGACUAUGUUCAUCAAGCCAGAUCCUAUCAAUAUACCAAAGAAUAUUAGCACUUACCAUUUUAACAAAUAUAUUGUUUUUAACAUAAAAA